AUGACAUCUGACAUGAACGAUGCAUUCGAUGGACACCACGAACGGAAAUAUGCUGUUAUAGUCGACGCGGGAUCUUCGGGAUCGCGCCUAACGGUCUACUCGUGGGAGAAUGUUGCACAAGAGCGUGCGACGAGACUCGCUUAUGGAUGGCCACUAGAUGUCUUGCCUCGAGUCGAGCUUGGCGCUGGACCUAGUCAUACUCAUGCAGCUCUAUCGCAAAUUAAAAUUGAACCAGGGCUUUCGGCCUUUGAAGGACGAACGCACGAGUUGCGUGCUUACUUGGACAAACUUCUCGCACAUGUACGCAAGAUUGUGCCGACUGAAGCCCUUCCUCAAACGCCUAUCUAUAUCCUCGCUACAGCUGGGAUGCGACUCCUUAAGCCAGAGGCUCAGCAGGCUAUCCUUCUUGAGACAUGCCGCAUUAUACGAGAGCAGCCAUUCUAUUUUGAGCCUUCUUCACACGAUUUCCUCGGAGCUGACACGAACUCGGCAUGUGACGGGUAUGUAAGGGUGAUAUCUGGCGAGGAAGAGGGGCUCUUGGGAUGGCUUGCGGUGAAUUACCUGAUGAACGAGUUCCGGCCAAGCGAGAGGACAUACGGCUUCCUUGAUAUGGGUGGCGCAAGCGCACAAAUAGCAUUUGAGCCGCCAAUACAAUCUAGCAUGCAACAAAAUUUGUUUGAAGUUCCACUGCAUCGACUGGACUCGUCUGUGGACACACAUCGUGUUUUUGUCACGACCUUUCUGGGAUUUGGAACGAACGCUGCACGUACGCGGUACCUAUACGCUCUGACGGAACGUCUCGGUCUACAUCCAACGUACGAAGACCCAUGUCUCCCCAAAGGGCUGCAUUUGCCUCUCCAAGAUGGCACUAGGGUUGCUAUGGGGACUGGGUCGUAUGCAGAAUGCCUUUCGGAGCAGCUGCCAUUACUAGAUCGGCACGCUGAAUGCAGAGAACCACCCUGCCUAUUUCAUGGUGUGCAUGUUCCGCCAAUUGAUUUUCAGUCAAGCUCAUUCGUGGGCGUGUCCGAGUACUGGUACAGUUCGGAUGAUGUGUUUCGUUUGGGCGGUAUGUAUGACCACGACCAGUUUCAUUCAGCUGCCACGGAGUUCUGCGCUUCUGAUUGGCGCGACCUCGAGUCGAAACUGCAGCGUCAUCAGUACCCUGAGCAGCUGACACUGAGUCGACUCCAGAUGCAAUGCUUUAAGGCUGCAUGGAUGUCGACGAUUCUUCACGAGGGUCUUCGGCUUCCGCGAGUGUCGAAUACGUCGUCGUUCCAGAGCAUCAAUCAUGUACGUGGCCUCAGCGUGAGCUGGACUCUGGGCAAGGCACUGCAGGAAGCCAGUCGAGACGUCGAAAUGUCGCAGUUUCCGCCUGUGUCAUCCAGAAAAGCAGUUGUAUCGAAUGCCAUAACAAUUGUGCUCCUUGUGAUGGUAUGUAUCGCCAUUUGCGUGGUUUGGCGCCGCAUGUAUCGCCGCCAUGGCCGCUGGACGCCUCUGUCUACCAAAGGGGGAGACGACGAUGAUCGCGCUGAAGAGCACAGCUUGGUCGUAACAAUGCCGGAGGACUCACAUGUGGCAGAAGAACAAACAUGUGUAGGUGGCGGUAGCGCUGCCGGCACCAAGGCUGGCUCAGGCGGCGCUCCUCAAGGUUUUGGUUCGCUUGGCCCAGAAAAUGUGUAUGAAAUCGAUCGGUGUGACGACAACGAGCAUGGACAGUUUACGCCACAUUCGCUCGACGAAACCACUCUGUUUGUAUCUCAACCCGCUUCCUCAUCGCGCCGGUCUAGCACUGUGCGUGCGAUACCAAAGCAGGCUCGGUUGGGAAACGAUGACCUCGAGCUAUCUGAUCCGUCCAGCCCUUUGCCAGGUCGCCGAGGAUCUUUGCCACCGCGCGUGCGAACACCAGGAGUGCCAUUGACCGCGUCUCCACGCUUGAGUCCACGGAGCAGUCAUUGGAUACGUCCUAAUUCACGCAUCGAUCCGUCCGUCCUAUUGUCGCCCCUUGCGUCCACGCACGAAAAAGAUUCCACCUCGGACUCGUAUGUGAUUGCGACUGCUGUUGCCCCUAGCCGAGCCCGAAGUCCAGCACCCUCCUCGGCUACACAUAUACCAGUGCCUAUCGAUCCGCGUCCGUCGCCGGUGGCCAGCACACGCACGAGCCCUUCGCAUUUGAGCACCACGCCUAAUCAGGCGGAAUUCCGCGGUCGUGUGUCGCCAGGACCAGGGGCAUCACCACGAGACAAGUCGCCAAAGUUCCUUCGUUUGUAA